AUGAACAUUACUUCAGAUUCAGAACCGUAAACAAUUUAAGAAUAUUAGAGAAGCAACUACAAUUUGCAAAUGUUUUCAAAUUAAUAUUUUUAUUUCUUUAUGUUUAUGAUUAUAAUUUUAAUCAUCUCCUUUGCAAAGUCUUAAUGGUCCAUAGUGAAUAAUUUUCUCACCUCUCAACGAACAUACCAAAAAACAUCCUAUUGCUAUAAUGUUUAUGAUUAGAUAGAAUACUUUUGCGAAGCAUCCUCAUACACUAGUGCUAAUUUUAUUACUUGUCAAUAACCUUCUCGUAGUUAUAUCACUCUGGAUCAAACUUUCAAAGGCAUCAGAUAUUACUAUCAAUAAGGAUUCGUUGGUGGAGAUUUCAUAUCUUUUGAUUUAUACUUUCAAGGUAAGUGGGUUAAUGAUGAAGUAGUUUUUCAAUUAGGAUCCUUUUAACACAAAUUUUCAUACACUUCGCCUGAUAUAUACCCAAUCACAUAAGGGUUUUGUGACUCCCUUUAAACUGAUGUAAAGACAGUUAAUUUCACUCUAACAAACUCAUACUCAGGGAGCAUGGUAUUUAGUUUGUCUACCAAAAAUGUGGGAUCUGUUUCAAUCAAUAUGAUUACCCUCUCAAGAAGAUCAAAUUCAAUAACAUGCUACCCCUCAUGUUAAUCAUGUAGAGGGCCAGAGCAAAACUAGUGUUUAUCUUGUUAUUAUGGUGUACCAACAAAUAAUAUAUGCCCCCCAUGUCCAAAUAAUCUAUAUUAUGAAAAAUAAUCAGGGUGCAAAAUUAAUUGUAAAUUUUAGAAUUCCAAAUUUUCAAAUGGAUUUUGUUAGGCAUUUGAUUAUAACUCCAUACUCUUAUAUGAUUCUUAUAUAUCACAAACUAGUUUCGUAAAAUGGCAAUAACUCUACGACCCCCUUCAUAUAGACACAUCUCCAAGCUUACUUUAUUCAAGUUCACAAUAGUAAGUCUAUGGCAUCUUUCGAUAUAAAUCUGGAAUAGGAAGAUAUAUUAAUGAAAUAACUACAUCGACAUCCACCUAUGCUUAUGGACUUAGAAUAUAAUUGGAGUUAUACAAUAAUAUAGAACUUGGAACAGGAAUAAGAUUUAUGAUUAAUAACACUUACUAUGGUUCUAUUUACAAAGAUUCUUAAGGGAUCUAAACACACAGAAUUAUGAUUGGAAAUUCUAACAGCCAAUACUCUUCCAUUUAAAUUCUUGAUCUCUAUAUGUUUGUUGAUAUGCUCUAAUAUCCAUUCUACUUUUCAGCUAUUGGAAAUUUCACUAUUUCAUCCUCAGGAUGGAGUUUAAUAUCUCUCUAAAUUACAAAGGGACUUUGCCCAAGGAAUUGCCAGGUGUGUGAUGUACCCUAUUAAUGUAAAAAAUGCUAUUCUGGCUAUUAUGUGAAUAAAGACGGUAAUUGUAUUUAUUCUUGUUCUACUGUCACCUAACAAAUCGUAGGAGACUAUUGUUUGGAUUAUGAUUACGAAAUUCCUUAUUCAAAAUAUUUGAUUAAAGACUUUUAUAAUAUGGCUAGUGAUCAAGAUUAAUACCCUGAAUAUAAAUUAGUCUCCUAAAAGGGAGUUAAUUUUUUAAAAGGUGAAUAUAUCUUUUAGUCUAUUAAGAAUGACAUUACGAUGUUAGGUGGGUAAUAUAUCUGGAGUUAGGCUGUAUUUUAGAGAAUUCAUUAAAUUAGCAAUCCACACCAUAGAAUUACUAUUUCAUUUAGAAUUGUCUUUGGUCCUAGUUUUCCUUCAGAUGGCAGAUUUAUUUAUACUGUUGAUGAUAAUGCACCUAUUUCAAAUUCUGGGUCAGGAGGUGGUACAUAUUUCAUAAAAAAUAAAAUUGUCCAUUCAUAAAACUAAUUAACCGUACAGUGGGAAUGUUAUGGAGAAAACAAUGAACCAAUAAAAGCAUAUUGUGGAUUCUAUAAUUAUUUCAUUAUAGUACAUUAUUGUUAACCCUAUUGUUUAAAAUGUACUGAUUAAGAUACAUGUCUAGAAUGGGAACAAUAUGAUUAAGUUUAAAUUCAGGUAUCUCAGGCUGAAUGUUAAAGUGAAUAAUACUAUGAUAAAUUUGAAUUAAAAUGUAAAAGUUGUCCUUCUUCUUGCUUAACUUGUUAAUCAUCAAUCUAUUGUCUAUCAUGUAAACCUACUUACAUUAUGACUAAAUUAGGAUGCGUGUGUUAAACAAAUCAAUAUGAUGACGCCAAUUAGUGUGUGAAUUGUCCGUAACAAUGUGAAUAAUGUUUAAAUUCAUCAUUCUGUGUUAAUUGUUCAAUCUUAAAAUAUAGAACUCUAUUGAAUGGGUAAUGUGUAUGUCUAGAUGGAUAUUACUCAAUACCCACAAAUCCUUAAUGUUAGAGAUGCCAUUACUUAUGUAAAACUUGUUCAGGAUAUUCACAAUGUAUAUAGUGUUAGAGUAUCAACAAUAUUGAGAAAGUUGAUUCUACAUGCAAAUGCAAAGCGGGUACAGCAUAUCAAGAUUCACUUAAGACAUGUGCAGCCUGUCAUGUAACCUGUUUGACUUGUUUUAAAAUUUCAAUAAAUGGAUGUUUGACCUGUGAUUCUGUUUAAAAAAGAGUGUUGAGAGGAUUGAAAUGUGAAUGUCAACCAGGAUAUUAUGAAUUGAAUAAUAUUUGCAUAGAUUGCCCUGCGUUAGAGGAUAAUUUAUUAAGUCAAUGUUAUAAUCAAUGCAAUAGCAAUCAAAAAUUAUGGCAUACAACUAUUUGUAGUGCUUGUGAUAGUCCCUAAGAAUUAGUCCAAAAUAAUUGCGAACCCAAAUGUGGAGACACUUAAUUAACUCUUUAUGAAGAAUGUGAAGAUGGUAAUAAUAUAUUAGAUGAUUUGUGUUAUAAUUGUUAAUUUUAAUGUCCAAAACAUUGCUUGACUUGUAAUUCAGCAACUACAUUACCUUGUCCAGAUAUUUGUGGAGAUGGAAUAAUUUCAGGUAACGAAGAAUGUGAAGAUGGAAAUACAAUAUAAUAUGAUGGAUGUUACAAUUGUUAAUAUUAAUGCUAGCCUGCUUGUACUAAGUGUAUUUUGGGGAAGUGUUAUGAAUGUUCAACUGUAGGAUGGUACACUGAUACAUCAACUACUAAUUGGCAAUGUAAAGAAUAAUGUGGUGAUGAUAUACUAACAGGUACUGAAUAAUGUGAAGACCUUAAUACAAGUGAUACAGAUGGAUGCCAUAAUUGUAGAUACUUUUGUCGAAAGGGUUGUUCAUCUUGCGAUUAUACAACUGGUACAUGUUUAAGUUGUGAAUAACCAGGUUAUGAACCUUAUCUAUAUUAUUGCAGAAAUAUUUGUGGAGAUGGAUUGAUUGUCAAUGGUCUUUAUGGAUUUUUCCCGGAGUAUUGUGAUGACGGUAAUACUAAUUACAGUGAUUAUUGCAAUAGUUCUUGUUAGGAUUGUGCAACCGGAUAUAAAAGAUCAAAUGUGAAAAAAUGUGAACCUAUUUGUGGUGACAAUCUUAAAGUAGUUGGUGAAAUAUGUGAAUCAGGACUAAUAUUACCUUAUAGAGGCUGCCAGAACUGUUAACCUAAGUGUCAAAGUAUUUGUGAUAAUUGCGAUACUAACGGGAAGGGUUGUUUAGAAUGUUAACUUGGAUAUGUUAAUUUGAAUAAAGUGUGUCAUUCUAUAUGUGGAGACCUAAUAGUUACUGAAGCUGAAGAAUGCGACGACGGAAACCUAAUAUAUGGAGAUGGUUGUCAUUUCUGUAGGUUUAGCUGUGUUAAAUCAUGUCUCAGCUGCAUCAAUGGAGUUUGUUAUUUAUAUGAAAAUGAUGAGGAUUACGAUUGGUCCAUAUCCAAAUGCUUAUCCAUUAUAGGGUUAGAUAUGAAAUCUAAUUAAUAAACGUGUCUAUUAUUUAGUGAUCUGCUCUAUUUCAGUAGAUCUUAUGUGAAGAACAUAUUUUAAUGCCAUCAUCAAUGCAAAGUGUGCUAAUUCUAAACAUGCUAUCUUUGCCAAUAAGGUUAUGAAUUAACACCUAAUAAGUAAGAAUGCAGACAAUCCUCCAUAUUAUUAGAGGAAUUAAAAUAUUGCCAAAUAAGCAUUGGGAAUUACUGUUAUAUAUGCUAUGAUUAUGCUUAUUUCGAUAUAUUUGAAAAUAGAUGUAAACUACCUUCGUAUUUAUUUCAAUUAAUAUAAUAAUAAUGCAAUCAAGGUUAUCAAUUGGAUAAUAAUGGGAACUGUGUUUCUUCAUGUGGAGAUGGCAUUCUUACUGAGGAGGAGGAAUGUGAAAUCUAAGACGAAAAUUGUUUAUAUUGUAUUUACCAAUAGCCUUAUAGAUGCAAUCGUUUCUUCAAGGAUCUCUGUCUUGAAUGUGAACUUGGUUAUUAGUAUGAUACGAUGAAGAAAUCAUGUCAAAUCUAGAGGGAAUAUAAAUAUUUAGUUAAGAAUGAAGAAGAAUACAAUUAUUUGAUUUGUUAAAUCGAGUUAAGUGGUAAUUGUAUUAAAUGUGAACAUGGGACGUGUUUAGAAUGUAAACAAAACUUCUUAUUUAUUAAUUCAUUGUGUAAGGAUAUUUUAACACCUUCAGAAAUAGAAAUAUUUAAUGCAGAAUUGGUUUAAGAAUAACAUCAAAGUUCAUUUAAUGAUGAAUAGUAAUAAUAAUAGUAAUUAUGUGAUUUAAAUUGCAAUAGAUGCAUAAAUGGAAUUUGUGAAUAUUGUAAGAAUGGUUUUACAUUAAAUUCUCUUAUUCAACUCUGUUAAGCAAGUGAUUUCAUCUAAUAUGUUAAAGUCUAUGAUGAAAAUAUAAUAUUGGAUUCAGUAUUCAAUUUAGAUGAACAUCGUUGCGAAUUACUCAAUUAUCAAAUAUUUGUGGAUAAUAAAUUCUAUGUUUAUGAUGAGAACUGCUAGAGUAAUGGAGUUAAUUAAUAGAGUGAGUAGUAUGAUCCUUCAACCGACACUCACGAACCUUGUGAUUAAAAUUGCUUAUUCUGCAAUUAGGGGAUAUGUAGUUUAUGUUUAAAAGGAAGUUACAUCUUUAAUUAUAAAUGUCUUUAAUUUGGCGUUGUUGAGUAUUCUUAAAAAGAAUAAGUAUGCGGAGAUAAGAUAGUGUAAAUUGGAGAAGUUUGCGAUGAUGGCAAUGAGUAUUAAUAUGACGGUUGUUUCUAAUGUCAAUUUAGUUGUGAGGAAAACUGUUUAAAAUGUGAAUAUGGCAUUUGUUUGAGUUGUAAAAUUGGAUUUAUUCUGGAUUCUACAACUUGUAAACCUUUUUGUGGAGAUGGCUUAGCGAUACCAUACAAGGAGGAAUGUGAUGAUUUCAAUGAAUCUCAAGGUGAUGGAUGUGAUCUAUGCAAAAUUGAAUGUGUACCUAAUUGUUUAAAAUGCAAUUAAGUACAUUGUUUCAAAUGUGAAAAGGGAUAUAAAAAUGAAAAUGAUAUUUGUGUAGCUGACUGUGGAGAUGCUAUCGUAAUUCAUGAAUAUGAAUAAUGCGAUGAUGGCAAUAAAAUUAUGUAUGACGGUUGUUUUAAUUGCCAAUACUAAUGCAGUCAGAAUUGCUUAGAAUGCACUUAAGGCAUUUGUACCUUCGCUUGCCCUGAUGAUAGUAUUGUCAUUGAAGGUCUAUGUCUUCAAUAGUGUGGUAAACUAAUAGUGAGUUAUAACAAAGAAUGCGAUGAUGGCAAUGAAACUGAAUAUGAUGGAUGUUUUGAAUGCAAAUUUUAAUGCAUCCUUAAUUGCGACUCUAAUUUUUGUAAAAAAGGGAUUUGCACUAAAUGCAUAUAUGGAUAUGGUUUAUAAAAACAACAAUGCAACUUAUUAGAAAUAGAGGAGAGCAACUUUGAUUCUAUGUUAGGAAAUUAACAGAAUAGUUGGAUUUGUAAGGAUUCUGAAUGUGUGUUCUCUGAGAGUCCUACUCUAAAAUUAAAGAGCUAAGGAUUGUAGAAUGAAAAAUAUAAGUUGCUAAUUCAGUUUGAUUAGGAAGUAGUUUGUGCAUUUACUGAAUGCCAAGAUAUAUUCAACAUAUAUUUCCUAGAAAUAGAAGAAGAUUAAUACAAAGUCGAAUGUUCUCCUUUUGAAGAUUAGGGAUUUGCAGAUCAAGUAGCAUGGGUUGAGUACUUAAUUGAGAUUAAUGUAUUCAAUCCAAUAAAAUUCUAGCCAACUUUAAUUGUUACACUUUUACAAGAAAUCCUUAAUUAAAAUUAAUAAAAUGUUACAACAAUUGAUUACAAAAUAAGCUUAGACAAAGCAAUAAUUUUAGAAUAGAAUCAAAAACAAGCAACUGCUUAAAUGCAGAUGACAAGCAAAGCUGUUGUAAUAGCUUCAAUCUCGCUGGGUGCACUUUCAUUAAUCUCUGGGGAAUCGACUUUUAUUAUGGAAUUACUUAAUAUCAUAUAGUACCAGUCAUUCCUUAAAUAUGUGAAUUAGGAAUAUCCAGAGAAUUUAUUAAUCUAUUUUUAAGCUUCUGAAAUGAUAUCAGUUGGGCCUUAUUUGUAGGUUUUCAACAUUGAUUAAUUGAUUGAACCCAUCUUAGAAAAGGAUAAAUUCAUUGAACUUGAUGGAAAGUUUCUGUAUUAUGAAUUAGAACCAAGUAUCAUUGUUAACAUCUGUCCCUAAAUAUUCCAAUCAUUUGGAGUUUUAUUGGUGAUGUAUUCUGGGAAGGUAUUCAAUAUGUUAUUUGUAUAUUUAAUGUCCAAUAAAUGGUUUUCCUCAACCCUAUCAAACAAGAACAAUCUAUACUCAAAAAUAACAUACAAAAUCUUAAAAACGAUUAGGAAGGGAAUUAAAUUGUUGGAGAUCUAGAAAUACUAUUUUGGUUUGAAAUAGAUAAAAUUGCUUCUAUUAUUAAACUCUUGGGACUUGCUAUUCAAGUCUGUGUUGUAUUUGAAUGGUAAGAAAAAUGAAAGUCUUAGAAAUACCAUUGAGUCUACAAUGAGUUUAGUUAUCAUAGCAACCUAUUUAGCUGUUCUUAUUGAUUGUUUUUAAUCUUGCAGACCUAAUAAAUUAUUAAACAAAGCCUAAAGAUUUGAUCAAAUAUUUGUGACCUUAGAACUUUGUAGAACAUUUCUCUUUAGUGGUGUCUUAAUCUUAUUCUAAAGCAAUCAAGUUUUAUAAACAUUGUUUCUGUAUAUUGGAAGUUUUAGUUAGUGCUUUUUUAUUUAUAAGUAUAAACAAGUUGAUCAAUUUGGUAAAAUUUUAUCAAUCCUUAUUGAAGGAUCGGUAUCCAUCUUUAUAUUGACUUCAACAAUUUACUUUAAAGCCUUCAGAGCGUAUGUAAACCCAGAUACUUUGACAACUAUAGGAUUUGCCCAUAUAGGAAUAUUGCUUAUAAGUUCAAUUAUUUUAGGUGUAAAAUAAACUAUCUUUACCAUGAAAGUAUUUAUUAAAAAAUUUAUGGAGAUUAAAAUCAAUUGA